AUGCUGAUGGCCAUCCGGCUGCGGGGCAUGGACGCGGGUGAGACACUGGCCCUGACCCAGGCCAUGGCCAGCUCUGGCCGGACGCUGGCUUGGCCGCCUGCCUGGCACGGGCUGGUGGUGGACAAGCACUCAACCGGUGGCGUUGGGGACAAGGUCAGCCUGGCCCUGGCCCCCGCGCUGGCCGCCUGCGGCUGCAAGGUGAGGGGGACACAGGGAUGGGGCGGGGACGGGGGGGGGUCCACAAGUCCCUGUGCCCACGUGUGCCCCCCCCCCCCCCAGGUGCCCAUGAUCAGCGGGCGCGGGCUGGGCCACACCGGGGGCACCCUGGACAAGCUGGAGGCCGUUCCCGGAUUCUGCGUCUCCCAGAGCCCCGAGGAGAUGCAGCACAUCCUGGAGCGGGUGGGCUGCUGCAUCGUGGGGCAGAGUGCAGAGCUAGUUCCCGCAGACCGGGUGCUCUAUGGGCUGCGCGACGUCACAGCCACCGUUGACAGCCUGCCCCUCAUCACCGCCUCCAUCCUCAGCAAGAAGGCAGCAGAGCAGCUUGCAGCGCUGGUGCUCGAUGUGAAGUUUGGGGGCGCAGCUCUGUACCCCACCCAGGAGAGCGCGCGGGAGCUGGCACGGAGCCUGGUGGAUGUGGGCACACACCUGGGCAUCCGCACUGUGGCCCUGCUGACCCGCAUGGAGCAGCCUCUGGGCCGCGCCGUGGGCAACGCACUGGAGGUGCUGGAGGCGCUCGAGUGCCUGGAAGGGGCCGGCCCCCCGGACCUGCGACACCUGGUCACUGUCCUGGGUGGGGUGCUGCUGUGGCAGUGCGGGAUGGAGCAGGGGGCCGAGCAGGGCCGUAAGCGCCUGACACGGGCUCUGGACGAUGGCUCGGCCUUGGGCAAAUUCGAGGCCAUGCUGGGGGCACAGGGUGUGCCCCCCGACACAGCCCGGGACCUCUGCACCGGGACCCCCACCCAGCGCCGCCAGCUCCUGGGCGAGGCCAAGGUCUGCGAGGAGCUGCCCGCACCGCAGGAAGGCUGGGUGCAGGAGGUGCGGGCGCUGCCCCUGGCGCGGGUCCUGCACCACCUGGGCGCGGGCCGGGAGCGGGCCGGGGACCCCGUGAACCUCCGUGUGGGAGCCGAGCUGCUGGUGGGCACCGGGCAGCACCUGCGGGCAGGUGAGGGAGGGGACCCCCGAUCUCCCCCGUGCCAGCCCUGGCUGCGGGUGCACCACGAAGGGACCCUGAGCGCGGAGCGGCGGCACGAGCUGCAGGACGCGCUGUGCCUCGGCCCGGAGCCCCCUCGGGACCUCCCACCACUGGUGGCCGAAACCAUCCUAAACCACGCCCCCUCAAGCGUGACCACCCCCCGCCCGUUGCCGUCGUUGCUCCGCCCCCUCCCGAUAGUUCCGGUUCCGGCGGCGGCGGCGCGGGCGCUCCGGGCCGCAUCUGGGCGGACGGGGGGCGGGGGUCACAGGGCAAAGGUCAAAGCAAUGCUGCGCUCCCUGCGCCCCAUCCAGCAGCUGUGCCCAGCCCUGUGCCACCCCCAGCGCCGCCUGUCCGUGCCCCCCGCCUGCCCUCGGCUGCCGCUGCGGCAGCGCCUGGCGGUGGCCAGCGCGGUGGCGGGCGCGGUAGCGGCGGGCUGGCUUUACCUGCGGCACCAAAAGGAAGAACAGCACCGCGCCCGUCGCCUGCGCCACCUCCGCGCGCUGUCGCUGGGCCAGGGAGACUUCGAGCUGCGUGACACCUCGGGGACACCGCGGCGCAAGGCAGAUUUCCUGGGCCGCUGGGUUCUGCUGUACUUCGGCUUCACGCACUGCCCGGACGUGUGUCCCGAGGAGUUGGAAAAGUUGAGCCGAGCCGUGGAGCUGCUGGAACGCGACCCGGCGCUGCCGCCUGUGCAGCCGCUCUUUGUCACCGUGGACCCCGAGCGCGACGACGCGGCGGCAUUGGCGCGGUACCUGCGGGACUUCCAUCCACGCCUCAUGGGGCUCACCGGGACCACCGAGCAAGUACGAGCGGCAGCGGCCAAAUUCCGGGUCUACGUGAGCGCUGGGCCCCGGGAUGCCGACGGUGAUUACGUGGUGGAUCACUCGGUGCUGACGUUCCUCGUGGAUCCGGACGGGAUGUUCCGGGACUGCUACGGACGCUCCCGCACGGCCGAGGAGGUGGCACGGAGUGUCAGGGCACACAUGGAAACCUACCAGCCGCUGCCUGCCGCGGGAGGGGAAUAAAUGGGGGUGGCACCGCCCCCC